UUCGACCCAAAAUAAUAUGGGAGGAAAAAAAGACAUAAACAAUACUAGGAACAGAAACAUGAAACAACGUUAGAGAAGCAGGGGAUAGCGUAUGUACGCAAAGACCAUGGCAUCUGUGGUCGUGAUCUUUGAGUUAGCUAGCCAGAAAAACUGUUUUCUGAUUCGCAAAGGAGGAAAUAAUAGUGGUAAAGGCGAAAGCGUCCAGCAGAUACAAGUGUUUGAAGCCAGUUAUGCUGAAGGGAAAAAGGCAUAUUUCUCUUUAUUUGGGGGUGUGCUGAAGUCAGGUGACACUGUUACCAUUAAUGGACUCUACGCAGCAAAGCUAGGAAUAAAAGACCUACAACAGAUUGUUCUAAAACCAGUCUCUUGCUCAGAAAUACAUUGCCAGAAAGUUCAAGUGGAACCACUGUCUGUUGAUGAUUGGGAGAUACUGGAACGAAAUGGAUCUACUCUGGAAAAUUGUCUCAUGAACCAAGUGAGAGUUGUCUGGCCAGGUCAGGUGCUGCCUGUGUGGGUGGAGAAAUCCAUAUGUGUUUUCAUCACCAUUGGUGAAAUUGACCCACUUGGAAAGUUUUCACUGCUUGGUACCAACACUACUGUGAUAGUCACACCAAAGUCAAGGUCACUGAAGAGAGCAGGAAGUCAGCAUCAGCCUUUUAAAAUGCCAUAUCGUCAGGCCACGCAGGACCAGACAGAUAAUUCUCUCUUGCCAGAUUCACCUCACAUCAAACCAACACCGAUGCUACCUGGAAAAGAGAUGACUCCCAAAAAGUCCCAACUUUGGCGUCAGAAUACUGAUAAAGGAAGGGAAUCUUCAGUUCGUAGACAAGGGUUGAUGGGCAUGCUGUCCUCAUUAUUCCAGAAUGAGCCACAACCAUCAUCAUCUGAAGAAAAUGAUGAUCACCUUAAUGAUAUGCAGACAGAUAACAGUCGAUUUCACCAGCGUAACUUGGUGUAUCGAAUACAGUCUUGUAAUCUUGUUGAAACCCUCGAGGAAAUUAAGAGAAACAUUCAAAACAGAACUUUUGGAGAUGAGGUGGAUUAUUAUCAGCAGCCACCAGUUGAACUUCUUCAACCUUCUACAAUCUAUGUAAGUGCACGAGAUAUGGAAGGACGAAAAUCAGCUCAACAAAAUACAAGCAUGAAUUCCAAAGUCUUUUAUGCAGAGUUUAAAAAACUUCCGUCAGUUCAGGACAAGAAAAAAGCAGAGCUUGAAAAGAAGAAUAAGGGUGUUAAAGAUAACUCGGACUUGCAGUCUGCUCGUCCAGAUGAUGGAAGCUUACUGCGAUGCGUUGUGCGUGUGGUAACAGUUGACAGAACAACUUGUAUCACAGAUCCAGUUUGGCGACAAGCAGCUCUGGUAGUUCUCAAAAAACAAGAUCUCGUGCCAGGUCAUGCAUUUAUACCUAUGCUUCUAAGACGACAGCUGAAACUUGACUCAACUGGUUGUGCUUGGGUUAAAGCUGGGAAUAUAUCAUUCACCAGGACUGCUGCAGUCACCAUUUACCCCAUCUCUAUAGUGCCCCGUCAGGUGGAUGAUUUCAUGCUGCUAUCAGCUUUUCGACAGUGGGUGGAAACUGUGGCCAAUAACAAUCAUCCCUUGGUGAUAUUCCAUGGAAUGCUUGUUAAAUUUAAUGUCACUGAAAUUGAAUAUGUGGAGGCUCAGCUUCUGUUAUCUACUGGUUCUGAGUUAACGAUGCUACUGAGCCAGUCUAAUGUGAGACUGGCUAGUAUAACAGUGCAGAGAGGGACAAAAGAUGCACAGUUACCAGAUGUCUUGACACCUCUGCUAGCAUAUAGGAAGGUGAAGGACUUUGAGCCUGUGGUGCCCUCACAAACUCUGGAUCAGCUGGGGGGCAUAAGUGGUCUUACUCAAGGGGCACUCAGACAUUUGGAGGUUUGUCUGGGUAGCAGACCAUUGCCACAGAAAUUGUUUAGCGAUAGACCAGGUCUGAAUCAUGGUCUACUUCUCUUGACUGGACCCAAAGGUAGUGGCAAAACAAGCCUUGCAAACGCACUUUGUCGUGCAAUGUCUCAGCCUCCCAACCUGGCAGCCAUUUUCACCAUGAGCUGCAAACCGCUCAGGGGUAAGCGCGUAGAGACCAUUCAGUCAUUGUUUGAGGCAGCUUUUGAUGAGGCAGCAUGGCGGCAGCCAUCUGUUCUACUGUUGGAUGAUCUGGAUGUGAUUGCUCCAGCCACUAACAAUCCUGCCUCUGAGAUGUCUGGCGAGGCUCUUUAUGCAGCAAAGGUUGCCCAAGUUCUGGAAGGCUUGGUGAAGUUUGAGAUGCGAAACUUCACAAGAAUGGCAGUUAUAGUGACCAGUCGAUCCAGAUCCAGUCUUCAUCAUAGCAUCGUUGCAUCACGGGGACUACAUUUUGUACAAGAAGUGACAGCCAUUACACCACCAGACAAAGUUUGCCGCCGAGAGCUGUUGUGCAGCAUCCUUGAAAUGCAUAGUACUGUAGCAGUGAAAGCAACACUGGAAAAUCUCAACUUAGAUGAUCUGGCUGAGCGGACAGAAGGAUUUGUGGCCAGAGAUCUUCAAGUUCUUGUCAACAGGGCGCUUCACUGCCAUAUGGCAGACCUGCUCAUGACUCAACCAAAAGAGGUUGUCCUAGAACCCGAGGACUUUACAGCAGCACUGGAUGGCUUUAAACCUCUAGCCAUUCGUAAUGUGCAGCUACAUACAGCAGGAGACUUGGGUUGGUGUGAUGUUGGAGGACUAGAAGAGGUCAAAGCUGUUCUCAUUGAGACUCUCCAGUGGCCCAGCAAGUAUCCUCUGCUGUUUGCAAACUGCCCACUGAGACUUCGCUCUGGCCUACUACUGUAUGCCCCUGGUACAGGUAAAACUUUGCUGGCUGGAGCAGUUGCAAAGGAAUGUGGUUUGAACUUCAUUAGCAUAAAGGGACCUGAGCUCCUAAGCAAAUACAUUGGUGCCAGUGAACAGUCAGUCAGGGAUUUGUUUAACAGAGCUCAGAGUGCCAGGCCUUGUAUACUCUUCUUUGAUGAGUUUGACUCCAUUGCUCCCAGGCGUGGCCAUGACAGUACAGGUGUCACAGACCGGGUAGUGAACCAACUUCUGACUCAGCUGGACGGAGUGGAGGGAUUGCAAGGUGUGUAUGUAUUGGGCGCCACGAGCCGGCCUGACCUGAUUGACCCUGCUCUACUGCGGCCAGGACGACUGGACAAGUGUCUGUACUGCGCAAUUCCUACUCAGGAAGAGCGGCGGUCCAUACUGCGGGCGCUGACGCGGAAGAUGUGCCUGGCAGAAGAUGUGUCCCUCGAUGAUGUUGCAGAUGUCUGCGAGGACUUCACUGGGGCGGACUUCAAGGCGCUGCUGUACAACGCGCAACUGCAGGCCAUCAAUGAGUACACCAAGGCGGAGGAACAAGCCAAAGAAACCUGUGCGUCCUCCGUCAGAUCUGCAGCUGACGAAGGACGGAGUGAGCUCUCACCACAAAAGCAGGCGGUAACUUUCUUCCCCACCAUCAGUGAUGGACCCAGCGUUCUGAGCCCGCAAGAUGAAGCCAGAUAUCUUUCGAUGGUGGAGCAGAUUCGUCGGCGGGCCAAGCUGAAAGAGGGCAGAACAAACCUAGAGAAGCGACGGGCUUCCUCCGUGCUGGUCAAGCCCUCCAUGUUGAUGCCGGUCUGCCAGAAACACCUGCUUACUGCCGCCCAGAACAUGAGGCCUUCCGUGUCGGCAGCCGAGCGCCAGCGUUAUAAGGCUAUCUAUGAGAACUUCGUGUCUGGUCGUCAUGGAGAUUUCAACGCGGGGGACUUGCUUUCUGGCCUCAGGACUACUUUGGCAUGACGACCUGAAGACGCCUUGCUCGACCCUCCUACUUUCAACUUUCGUUUGUCUCUGUUCAAAGAGCUGGAGGAAUCUCGCUUUAUCGUCCGGCAAAAACGAUUUCUAAUUCCUAUACCUCCAUGAUCUUAUUUUAUAUGGAAUGUGGAACUUGACGACAAUGAGAAAACAAGUUGUUUUCAAAUAAUGCAUAUUUUAAGUUUUAAUUAAUCGUGAAGGAUUAAAAUAUUUAAGCUAAUUGUAGAAAUUCUCUUUGCCGUAUUCUCUUUAAAAAAAAAUUUAAUGUGAAUUGUAUAUUUGCUCUAGAAAUCCUUUCGUGCAAUUUGUGUCCAUGCUUUUGGCAUUGUUAGUACAUAGGUGCUGUUUAUUAUGUCGGGACUGUGAGUAUGCAGGUGUUGUUAGCAAGCACUAUAUAUAAGUGCCUCAACACAUCUGCACAAAACUCUCCUGUUUGUGAUGCUGUUUCAAGAUUGCUUUGAUUUGAAUGCUGAGAAAUAUGCAUGACAUAUAAACAUGUACUUCUAUGAUCGCGCACACACACAGUGAAAAUGUUAUAAAUAUGAUGUGUUUACCUGUAUCAGUUCAUUUCUGGUGGUGUCUCAGUUUUUCUGAUUGAGUUUUGAAGAUAAUCAAUGGAUGUCUUUUCUCUAAUUUCGCGCACAUGGUGUUAAGGACAAAAUUUGACACUGAUUUAACAUGUGCCGAUCUGAACUUGACAUUUAACUCUUGGAGUUGGGAGAGAUGAUACCAUCCAGAGGAUAUUUCGCUCCUUCGUUACUCUUUCACUCCACAGGAUGAUGUCAAUCAACUUUUACUUAUAUCUUUAGGCCGAACUGUGUUGAGAGAAAAGAGUUCCAUUCCUCUUUUGAAGCGCAUAGAGCAAUCGAUAUGAUUAUUAUUUUUAUUAUUAAAUUUAUUUUUAAUCUGUAUUGUAAACAGUAUGUUUCCACUUGUCAUAUUUUGUGAGCAGACCGAUUCAGUUUUUGUUUGCUGAUUCAGUUUCUCCAUCUGAUAUUUAUUGGCUUAAAUAACAACCUCAUCGUUUACCUGUUAAAUUGUUUAGUUGUUUUCAAUAUAUCGUAGAAGUAUACAGAGUGAAUGGCUUAGGUGUGUUUUAUAAUGCUCAUUUAUACAAAUAAAGAUUAUCGCUCGAAAA